GUCACUAUUUUGCACGUGCCCCUAUCCAUAGUUUCGAAAUUAACCAGCAGAGUAUACUAAGCUAACCCCUUUACUACUCUCGAGGUCAAAAGAAAAAAAAACCCACCUUUCCCCUCGUAUGCCGGCGGUGAUGUCCGGCGGCACAGCCGGCGUUGACGGCGGCGGUCGAUCCCUCGACUGCCGCAGCUUCUGGAAGGCCGGCGCCAGCGAGACCCCCUCCGCCCCCAUCCGCGAGUUCCACGAUGCGCUGGAGACAGGGGACUUCGACCGCGCCCGCGUGCACCCCAAGUUCCUCCACACCAACGCCACCUCCCACAAGUGGGCGUUCGGAGCUAUAUCUGAACUUCUUGACAAUGCGGUAGAUGAGAUCUGCAAUGGUGCCACAUUCAUAAAAGUGGAUAAAAGCACCAACACGAAAGACAACAGUCCAAUGCUAGUUUUUCAAGACGAUGGAGGAGGAAUGGAUCCCGAAGGGGUGCGCCAAUGCAUGAGUCUAGGAUUCUCAACCAAGAAAUCAAAGACAACCAUUGGCCAGUAUGGAAACGGCUUUAAAACGAGCACAAUGAGACUCGGUGCUGAUGCAAUUGUUUUUACUCGUGCAAUACGUGAAAACAAUGUUACCUUGAGUAUUGGUUUGCUCUCUUACACUUUCCUGAGGAGAACAAUGAAGGAUGACAUAGUUGUCCCCAUGCUCGAUUUUGUAGUCCAAGAUGGCCAAAUAGCACCUUUGGUUUAUGGUUCACAGGGUGAUUGGGAUAGUAGCCUAAAGAUAAUACUUGACUGGUCCCCUUUUUCUUCGAAGGAAGAACUGCUACAGCAGUUCGAGGAUAUGGAUAGUCAUGGAACUAAGGUGCUGAUAUACAAUUUAUGGAUGAAUGACGAUGGCCUUUUAGAACUUGACUUUGAUGAUGAUGAUGAGGACAUAUUGCUUCGGGAUCAAGGUCAAAACAGUGGGGCGUCAACGAAGGUUCAAAAAGAAAUUAUUCAGCAACAUAUAUCUCACAGACUGAGAUUCUCAUUACGUGCAUAUAGCUCCAUCCUUUACCUCAAGAAGUUUGAGAACUUCCAAAUUAUACUAAGAGGAAAGCCUGUUGAACAGAUAAACAUUGCCAAUGAGCUGAAGUUUAAGAAAGUAGUUACUUACAAACCUCAAGUUGCCUAUGAUUCUCAAGUGGUGUCAGUGAGGGUAGAUAUUGGCUUUGCAAAAGAGGCUCCUGUUUUGGGCAUUUUUGGGAUUAAUGUCUACCAUAAAAAUCGACUAAUCAUGCCAUUCUGGAAGGUCCUUCAAGAAGCAUCUAGUAGAGGGAGAAGUGUUAUAGGUGUACUAGAGGCAAAUUUUAUUGAGCCGGCACAUGACAAGCAAGAUUUUGAGAGGACUCCACUGUUCAUUAGGCUGGAAACAAAACUGAAACAAAUUAUCGUUGAUUAUUGGAAAGAAAAGUGUCAUCUAAUAGGUUACCAGCCAAUCGAUCCGAAAUUGAGAUCCCAGUAUAAGGCUGCUCUUAAAGAUUCGGGCGGCCCUGGUGUGAAGAUUCGGCAUGAAGCUUCCACUGCUCAGAAGACUGGAGGGCACCUCUCAAAUUUGCUCCCACAGACAUAUGAUGAUGAAGCAGCUUUUAGACUGACAGCUAACAGGGCAGGUUCUGCUUUGCAUUCGUCUGGCCAAGGUAGUAUGGACUCAGCAGGCUUGGAAGAGGAUCUGGUAGAUAUUGGCUCUCUUGGUGUACUUGAUCCCAAUUGCAAUGAGAAGUUGAGUGAAGAAAAUUUGGUUCUGUUCACAAGGCGUGAAGAUCUUCGGCAACGAGAUACACAGUUGAAGCAGACGAUUGGCGAGCUGGAGCAUGAACUAGAGGAAACAAGAAGGAAGUGCUCUCAGCUCGCAGCUGAGCUGCAGUUGCGGAGGAGCCAGCAACAACAUUACAUGUGAAGGUUAUUUUUACUACUUCUGACAGGGCCUAAACUAUGGGAACCAAACUCCUGGAAAUAUGUGGUUUCAUCAAAGCACAAAUACUGAACAGCGGUACGGAUAGUAUGGUUGCUCAUACGCAUACAAAUGAUCAGCGCGAUUGGUAUAGUUGCCCUCUUCAAGGGGAAUCUUCAGUGUGAAGUUAUUCUGUUUUUUUUUUCUUUUCUGUUCUUGUGUGGUACUGGCCGCCACUGUUAGCUAUGGUGUGGUGUGGUGGCAGCACGUACAGUUCACUGUAAUAUAUACUGCGUGUUACUAUGUCACAUCUUGUUACAUAUCCUGUAUAAUAGAACACUAUUGGGUGAUAA